AUGCGACAUGGAAGUUUUUGCCCUACGCACUAUAGAGGGGCUGCGCUACACGCUUUCGGUUCUCCUUUGGAUUGGCUGACGGCGGUUCCAGCCCCUGAUGGCUCACACUGCCAAUCUUCAACAAAAAGAACUGCUGCAGACAUGGCUUUGUUGUCUAGCAAUAUGUCCUUUUUUAAUGGAAUGGCAUUUUCUUUCGCAGUUGGAUGUCUAAUGCAUUUAGAUCAUCCGUGCAAGGAAGGAUACGGACAAAAAUAUGCUACAACGCCGUCCCAGUCCCACGCGGGGGGUAUUCAGUGUCUUAUCAUGACAGCUUCUCCUCUAUCCCACCGGCAGGACCCUGCCUGUUCGGUCGUCUCUGAGAGACAGAGUGAACCCUUUUCUCCUGGGAGUUCCACUACGACUCCCACUACUGCGGAGAAAACCAAGACUUCACCAACGGAGAGUAAUCUUAAGAUGCAAGACGGAGGUAAUUGCGCUGUUAAUACUGACGGCAGCAACACCACCAACGAAAGCAGCAGUAUUAAUACUGUAGGUAGCAAAGAUAUUGCGAAUGGCGCCGGGAGACGCGGCAUUAGCGGCUGUGCCAGCGAGCCACAGCUUUGGCGUUCUGUAGUCCAGCAGCAGCAACAGCAACAGCAGAGUGGCGAGCAGAAUGAACAAAAGCCACGACAGCGCCGGAGGAGCAGUAGCACACAUCCCGGGAAGGGAGAAACAGAUAGCGGUGUCGUGCUGAGGGAAGCCUGUGGCGGGGAUGGUCCUCUAGUGCAGAAGCUGAUGAAGCGGCAUUUGAGGUCUCUUAUUCUCCCUGCAGUGUUUUAUUGGCUAUGUCGACAUGCGCGUGACUUUGGGAGCUUCCUAGUAAUCUGUUGCUGCUUCGCGCCCAUCAGCAGGGUGUUGAUGAGUUUGUGCUGCUUCUUGCUGCUGCUGGUUUGUCGCGUUGUUUUGGAACUCGAACAAUACGCCACAAAAGGAUGCCCAGACCUUGCGGAUUUUGAACGCCAGUACGUCGAGGUGGGAAGGAACAAGUUUUGGGUUGCAGAGAAAAAGGUGCAGGGCAACAGCCAAAUAAUUGGUUGCAUUGGUCUUAUCAUCAACCCUGCAAGCCCUCAGGACGCCCAACUGGUUCGCCUUGUAGUAUCCCCUGGGCACCGAGGUGCUGGCGUGGGUUCGCGCCUCCUGUCUGCUGCUUUGGGUUUCGCUGCGAGCUGCCGCUGUCGUUCAAUUGAAGUCUGCGCCAAUUCUCUCAACGCCAGCAGCGCAAGAUUUCUGAGAAACAGACAGUUUGAGCUUUUCCAGGUCGUCAAGAGGAACCUCAUGAGGGGCGACCUGCUGCGGUGGCGCAUGUGGCUCGAUAGCGAGGGCAGACCCAUGGAACCGAAACCGGACCCGCCAUUUGGCACCAGCGGCCUCCAAGCCGAAUAG